CGUGCACACGCGUACCCGCCAGAAGUUCUCGUGCGGCUGCAGCGCGAGCGCUUGUCAGUGAGCUUCACUCCUGAGAGGAUUAUGUUGUUUGACAGAAUGGAUUAGGUGUGGAAAAAAAAACUUUUUAUUUUUUAACCUUUGAGGAAAAAGUGAAGACGAAACGGAGUACAAAUGUCCUGGAUAAUUCUUUUUUGACUUUGUUUACCCGUGUGUGCCUACUGUAUGAAAUAUAUAUAUAAAUUUUUCGGUACUUUUUAUCAGCUAUAGGAAGAGAUGAUCGAUUUUUGACCGUUAAAAAACUCUCGCGCGCGCGUGCGAUGGAACAUAGCUAGUUUAGCUACCAUAAACUCUGAAACAUUUUUUUUAAUCGUAUUUUAUUGUUUUUUUAAUGAUUAAAUUCGACUUUUUGUAAACGAUGGACUUUUUAUAUAAAGUUUUAAACUUUUCUACCUUUGUCAGCGUCCUCCAGGUUCUCGGUGACCAGGCUGUACCGUCUAAGCAUCCAGGCCUGGAUGUGCUGGCCACAGCGUCACACUACUGGCCCCUGGAUGAUGUAGACGGGAUCCACAGCCUGAGGGACCAGAUUGGGAAUAGAACAGGUCAUAUUAAUGGGACUGAUAUAACACUCAGAAUCCACAACCACACUGUCCUGCCUACCCAUAACUCUUCCUCUGUGUACACCAAUGACUCUGCCUACACUAAUAUUUCCGUCUCUGUAGACAUCGUAGAAGGGGUGGUGAACAAAGGCAUCUAUCUGAACGGAGACCGCGGAGCCACCUUCCUCCAUUUCGGCAACUACAAGAACUCCUGUAUCAGUGACCCAACUCUGUGUGGACCGCAAGGGAUCACAUUCUCCUUCUUCUGGAAGAACCAGGAGUCACAUUCCCGCUUUGCUGUGAUGUCAGGAGGGAAAAUCAUCUCCAAUGGCUUCUCUGUCUACACCAACCCUUUUGGAGGAUAUGUGGAGUUCUACACCAGAGGAAACUCCCAGCGCUGGAAGGCAAAUAUCAACCUGCCAGGACCUUUUUGGACGCACAUCCUGUUCACGUGGACCCUUAAAGACGGCCUGAAAAUCUACAUAAACGGCACAUUCAGCAUUAGCGACGCAAAAGGCGACACGUCGCAGGAUUACGGCGAUACACACGCCGAUUUGGUGAUUGGAACCGGAACCAGCCAGUCAUAUGGGCACUACGUCACAGCAUCCUUCGACGAGUUUGUCAUUUGGGAACGAGCCCUUUCGGCCAGAGAGAUCUGGCUCUACUAUAAAGCCGCCAUAGGCGAGGAUGUGGUUUAUCCUCCAACUACUGAAUCUCCUUCCUCCGUUCACACCACAACAGAUGUCCAUCUGCAGGCAACAACAGCAUCACCACACCCCACUGUCUCUAACUUCACAGAGGUUCAUGACGCAAUGUCCAUGUCACUGCAAGGUUUCCUCCAGUCUUCCUUCAUUCUGCCUAAUAAAACUAUUCCUAAGGGUACAGCUCACAAUCUGACACAGUCACUUCUGAAGAGCGUUGACGAGGUGAUAUCCUCCAAUACCUGGCGAGGAGACGAGGAGGUACGCAGAAAUGCAUGUGCUACGUCAUUACGCUACCAGUCGACCCCUGUCAUCAGUGGACUCAUAGACACAGUGGACAAAGUCAUGGGGCACAUGGUCUCCAACCUAGAGGCUAAACCAAAUUCUGUUGUCACUAUUGGUGGAAAGAGCUAUGUUGCAGAUUACUCUCUGAUGAAGAUCCCACAAAAUUAUAACAUGCAGAACUACAGAUUCCCAACACAAGGCAAGAACUAUAUCUCCGUGCCAGGAGAGGCCUUCACUUCAGAAUCCCAGACCACAAUCGUAGGCCUUUUCUACCACGGCAUGCACAGCUACUACAAACAGAUCAGCCCUAUGAGAACCAGGAUCAAUGAGGCGGUGGAAUUUAAGGACCAUAAGAUCCAGGUGGCCAGCUAUCUAAUCUCCCUAAAGGUGGAGCCCUCUCCUGCCCUCUCGGUCAACCUGUCAUCAGAGCCACUGAUCAGAAUCAUGCUAACACACCAACUGAGCAAGGAGCAACAACUCCAGGCCAUGAACGAGAGCAACAAAGUCUUCCUCUACUGCGCCUUCCUGGAUUACAGCUCUAAGGAAGGCGUAUGGUCCAACAACGGCUGUCUGAGAGCUGGAGGUAACCUUUCCUACUCGGUCUGCGUGUGCAACCACCUGACCAACUUCGCCAUCCUCAUGCAGGUGGUUCCUGUGGAGCUCGGAAAGAGCCAUCAGAUCGCACUCUCCACCAUUACCUACGUGGGCUGCUCUAUCUCCAUCUUCUGUCUGGCCAUCACCCUGGUCACCUUUGCUGUGCUUUCGUCCGUGAGCACCAUCCGGAACCAGCGCUAUCACAUCCACGCUAACUUGUCCUUCGCCAUCCUGGUGGCACAGAUCCUUCUGCUCAUCAGCUUCCGCUUUGAACCCGGCACGUUGCCUUGUAAGGUAAUGGCAGUGCUGCUUCACUUCUUCUUCCUGUGUGCAUUCGCCUGGAUGCUGGUGGAGGGGCUUCAUCUCUACAGCAUGGUGAUUAAAGUGUUCGGCUCCGAGGGCAGCAAACACUUCUACUACUACGGCAUAGGCUGGGGGUCUCCAGUGGUCAUAUGCGUUGUGUCCAUAACAUCGUCACUGAGCAGUUACGGAGAAGACGCGAACUGCUGGCUGUCUCUGAAGAACGGCGCUAUUUGGGCAUUCGUGGCUCCCGCUCUGUUCGUCAUUAUGGUGAACAUUGGAAUCCUUAUUGCUGUGACGAGGAUCAUCUCCAGAAUCAGUGCAGAGAACUACAAAGUACAAGGAGAUGCUAACUCUGUCAAGCUCACUGCUAAAGCAGUAGCAGUCCUCUUGCCUAUCCUGGGCAUCUCGUGGAUCUUCGGCGUUUUGGCUGUGAACGAUCAGUCCUUCCUCUUCCAGUACAUGUUUGCAGUGUUCAACUCUCUACAGGGCUUCUUCAUCUUCCUCUUCCACUGUCUGCUAAACUCGGAGGUCCGAGCUGCUUUCAAGCACAAGACGAAAGUGUGGUCUCUGACCAGCAGCUCCAUCCGCAACAUCAACGUCAAGCCUUUCAAUUCAGACAUUAUGAACGGUAACAGAGGGGGCGUGAGCCCGACACGGAUGAACACGUGGGACAAAAGCACCAACUCAGCUAAUCGCAUCGACCUGUCAGCGCUCUAAGACUCAACGGACCAUGGCUACUGAACACAAAAUAUACAUACGAAAGCCGUACUUUCUCAGAAACUCUGGCUGAUUUAGCCACCGUUCCUUUUCACGACGACUCGGCGGUCUAACGACGCUCUCACGAGACCGGGUGAAAGACUAAUAGCGGACUUUUACUGACGUCACCCACUCUUACCCACUGACACCACUCACUUUUAGGAAGACAAACAACAGUUCAGAGCCAUAGAAAAAAAGUCACAGAUGAAAACACAAGAGCCGUGUUGGAUAACUAUUCUCUGUUCCGUGUUCAACUUCAACGUGUCCUCCUCGUAACUCCGGUAGCUGCUGGAUUCCACUGCUGUCUGUGACUCGACACUAAACUGUGACACAAGAUGCGUCUCGCAUCGACCAGACGAGGAGGUUUUUUUUUUUUUUGCUCAUUUUGCUGCCGCCGCCGCUACCGAGCCGUGCUUUUACAGCUCGCCGUCCUAGUCUGAAUCGAUGGAAUGAAAACCAUGCCUGGGUCACAUGCCAGCCAUGUAGUACUUUCCAUUUAUGAGCUUUUAGUUUUAACUGGUGAGAUUUCAUGGCUGCAACAAAAGACAUUCCUGAAAGAGGAACCAAAAAAAACGUAGCGUUCCGUUGUUGUGUGAUAUCGUGCUGUAUGUUGUUCUCUUCCUAUGCUGCGUAAACUGUAAAUUAUUGUCUCGACGUCGCAUUCAUAAAUAUCUACUGUUGGACAAGACAGCUUUGUUUAAAGAAAUGUCCCCCAAAAGAGCUACUAAUUAUUAAUUGUACAGUCUCUAACUGAGGUGUUAGACCAAUAUCGUAACUCUUAGGAUAGCAGAAUACGUCUGUUUCGUCCCAUUGUGAUUCAGAUGUGUCUGACCUUCGUCAAGAUCAACAUCAGCUUUUGUGCCAAAUGUAGCUUGUAUAUUACAUGUUAAAAUGGAGGUCAGGGUUUCUCGUUUUCCUUUAACGUCUUAUACCGUAAAUAUUUAAGGUAGAGAAUAAUGUCACUGUGAUCCAACACCAGAAGAUUUCUUUCUUGCCUUUCUUUAUUUGGUCACAGUUUCCUGUCUCCUUGAACACAUUCUCUCUGGUAUGUUUGUUCUGUUUUUUUAAUACAUAUAAACUAAAUCUAAUGUACCUGUGAAGCAGUUUCUUCUAAAUCCUUCAGCUUCUUGCCCCUGUAAGUGGUUUAUGCGUCUUCAUUCUACAGUGACUGGAAUGACGCUGAUCAGUGACCAUGCCCUGUGUGAAAUUCCCAUCACUCUGCCAUCUUUGACCGAGAGUUUUCCUAAAACUUGACCUUUCCAAAGUAAUUUGAAACAAAAGGCAAGUUUCGAGUAAAAUUGUUGGACUUUUUUCUUUCUUUCUUUUUUUUUUUUUUUUUUUUUUUAGAGAAGAGAAACAGCUGACGAAUAUAUAAUGCCGAUGAUGAAGCGAUGUACAGUGUGUUAAGAUAAGCAACGUGUUUUGCUUUUUCGUGCGAUUAAUAAUGUGAGCCUCCGUAUUCUGUGAAGUGUUGUGAUCCUUACUGCCAGUCUGGACGUGGUUAGAAUUGAAAAGCAGUGUCACUUUCAGGUUCACGUGGCCUACGUCAUGACAGCGAAGGUGAGACUUAACUCUUUAUUUAUGCCAAUGUAAAAAUAAAAGUUACAUAUACUGUUAUAGUAUGAUGUGAUGU